AGCUCACUGGUCCUCAAUUCGGACUCUAUUAAUUCUAUGUACUAACACUACUCGUGGGACAUCUACCACCUUGAAUGCAGUGGAUGGCGGUGAUAAGUGAAGUUCUGGUGACUCCAAGUUUAUCAUCUCUUCUCUGGGUCUGCCUUAUGUUAAACGGACUGGGCCUCGCCCGACGGACACGGGCCAAGGUUGAUGUGUUAUUGUUUCCGCAUUGCGACGUUCGCUGACAUUCCCGAGGCUUCUUCAUGAUUGGUGGAACGUCACCCAGUGCGACUUAGAAGCUAUAUAUUCCAAUCGUUCCUCCAGUCUGUGCUGCAGAAUUUCCCACAUCUACAACUCAUGAACUCGAGUGGCCCGAAGGUGGUACGCGUCGCCGUCACCCAGGCCGAGCCAUGCUGGUUCGAUCUGAAUGCGGCGGUAGCCAAAACGUGCCAGCUGAUCGUUACAGCGGCAGAGAAUGGUGCUAAGCUCGUCGUCUUUCCUGAGUGUUGGAUUCCUGGAUAUCCUUGUUGGAUUUGGACACGACUGGUGGACUUUGACCUCGGUGUAAAGUACAUCAAGAACAGCCUGAGCGUCUCUUCGCCCCAGAUGCGAGCUAUCCAGGCUUGCGCAAAGGACAACGACAUCGCUGUGUGUCUCGGGUUUUCGGAGAACGACAACAACAGUCUCUACAUUGCUCAAAUCAUGGUGGGGCCCGACGGUACGUUGUCUGGGCACCGCCGCAAGAUGAAGCCCACGCACAUGGAGAGAACCGUGUUUGGAGACGCGUCGGGCCACUGUCUCACCGCUGUCUCACCACUUCCGCUUCUCCGGCCCGCAAGCGAGGAUCUGGUCCGCGUCGGGGCACUCAGCUGUUGGGAGCACAUACAGCCGCUCCUGAAAUUUGCGACGCUUGCGCAGGGAGAGGAUAUCCACGUCGCUGCCUGGCCGAGCCUCGAGGUGCACAAAGACGAUGGGCCGGGUUUGUGGAGCAUGUCGCGGGAAGGAUGCCACACGCAGUCGCGGAUGUAUGCUAUCGAAGCGGGGUGCUUCGUGUUGCACUGCACAGCGCUUACGAGCGACAAAUCUAUUGCUGCGCACAACAACGCGGGCGGUGCGAUCAUGGCUCAGCCCGGAGGUGGGUCGUCUGCCGUGUUCGGGCCUGAUGGACGACGUUUGAGUGAGCCUCUGGACGAGCACACGGAGGGGAUUGUCUAUGCGGAUCUGGAUAUGGACGCCAUUUUGAGGGUCAAGAUGUUUGCGGAUUGUACUGGCCACUAUAGUCGGCCCGAUCUUUUGAGGCUGAUGGCGGACAAGGAAGUCAAAAAUGUUCUUAGCAACACUUCAUAA